CAAGCAGAUGAGAGCCAGUCUAAGGAAGGUUGAUUGCAUUAUAGAGAUCCAUGAUGCUAGAAUACCCUUUUCUGGAAGAAAUCCCUCAUUUCAAGAGAGUCUUGAUGUCCGGCCACACAUACUUCUACUGAACAAGAUGGAUCUGGCAGACACGUCAAAAAAGCAGAGUAUUCUGAAGCAGCUUGACAGAGAAGGUGUGAGGAAUGUUUUGUUUACAGACUGUUUAAGACAACGAGAUGAGAAUGUAAAAAGGAUUGUUCCUCUUGUGACAGAGUUGAUAGAAAGUGGGUCGCGUUUUCAUAGAGAAGAGGACAGAAGUUACUGCCUGAUGGUCAUUGGUGUGCCAAAUGUGGGAAAAUCAUCACUGAUUAAUGCUGUAAGAAGAACAUAUUUGAAAAAAGGCAAAGCUUCAAAAGUAGGAGGUGAACCAGGAAUUACAAAAACUGUCCUGACAAAAAUUCAGGUUUGUGAGAGACCCAUAAUUUAUUUACUGGACACCCCUGGGGUCCUGCCACCUAGAAUAGAGAACAUAGAGGCAGGAAUGAAACUUGCUUUAUGCGGUACCAUUUUGGACCAUUUAGUUGGUGAGGAUGUCAUUGCAGAUUAUCUGCUUUUUUCACUGAACAGACGGGAAAGAUUUAGUUACGUUGAAAAGUACAAUCUUGAAGAGCCUAGCGAUGAUAUUCAGCAUGUGUUGAAGUGGAUAGCGGUGAAGCUCGGCAAGACCAAGCGUGUGAAGGCCAUCACUGGAGUUGGCAACAUCACUGUCCAGUUACCAGACUACAGUGCAGCAGCCUAUGAUUUCAUCAGAGCAUUUCGCAAAGGAGAACUUGGGAAAGUUAUGCUUGAUUAAUAGUGUUUAAAUAACUGAUUUGCAA